CACAGCCAAUUCAUUGGCCCUGUGUGGUGCACGCUGAAGUGUGUGUCUACUCGCAGGCUUCUGAGCGCAGUAGGUGAAAGCAAGAGCAAGAGCAAGCACAUGUUUGUGCUGUGAACUAUCUGAGAGAGAGACAGAUAAAGAGAGAGAGAGAGAGAGAGAGAGAGAGAGAGCGACACAGAGAGAAAAGAAACUACACAGUGCUGCUCGUGGCACAAAGACAGUAAAGAGUAAAGAGAGAGUGAGAGAGAUACAGAGAGACUUAGAGUCUAAAAAACUUCAUCCCUAUUACAAUGGACGACUAUGCUCUCUCCUUCUGGAUUUACAUGGGGGUGAUGGCAGUGUUUGUCGGCGGGACGGUAAAGAAGUUCCUGGCGUCCCAUUUUAGUGCCAUGCCCUCUCUGGUGGCAUGGCUUGGUGCCACACUCCUGGUGGAGAGGCUGUGUGCCCUCUGCAUGCCUGCUGUCCUGGCACUGGCUGCCCUGUGUGCUGCUUGCUGGCUCUACUCUACCUGGGCUGCCCCGGCGCCAACUCUGCCCGUAGAGGGGAAAGCGGUCUUCAUCACAGGGUGUGACACAGGGUUUGGGCACGCCACAGCUAAGCAGCUGGACGCUAUGGGGUUUGAAGUGUUCGCAACAGUGCUGGAUCUGGAAGGACAGGGGGCCAAGCACCUGAGAGGCACCUGCUCACAACGGCUCACCCUGCUGCAGGUGGACAUCACCCAACCACAGCAGGUCCAACAGGCCCUUAUCAACACCAAGGCAAAGCUUGGCAUGAAAGGCUUAUGGGCUCUGGUGAACAAUGCAGGCAUUUGUGUGAAUUUCGGAGACGCUGAGCUGUCCCUCAUGUCCAACUAUAGAGGCUGCAUGGAAGUGAACUUCUUCGGCACACUCUCCGUCACUAAGACCUUGCUUCCUCUGCUGAGACAGAACAAAGGCAGAAUACUGACCAUCUCCAGUCCUUCAGGUGAGCUGCCUUUCCCGUGUUUGGCAUCUUACGGGGCUUCAAAGGCUGCACUGAAUCUCUUCACCAACACUCUCCGUCAUGAACUGGAGCCGUGGGGAGUCAAAGUGUCCACCAUUUUACCCUCUGCCUUCAAGACAGGUCAGAGUAGUAACACAGUGUACUGGGAGAAACAGCACCAGGACCUGAUGCAGAACCUCUCCCCGAGCCUUUUAGAAGAGUAUGGCGAGGAAUACAUAUUGGAGACCAAGGAGCUCUUCCAGAGCCAUGCCAAAACAGCCAACGAGGACCUGAGCCCUGUCAUCAACACCAUCGUGGAGGCACUGCUGUCGCCGUACCCUCAGGCCCGCUACUAUGCCGGACCAGGUGUGGGCCUCAUGUACUUCAUUCACAGCAACUUCCCCAUAACCCUCAGCGACAAGUUUCUCCAGAGACUCUUCUUGAAGAAGAAAGUGAUACCUCGUGCACUCAGGAAACAGAACGGCCUGAGCAUUCUCAAUCACAACAACAAUGACAUCAACAGCAACAACAACAACAUCACCAAGCCAGAGUAGCUUUGAUAUAGCUCAUUGUACAUAGAGAUGCUAUAGGACCACUGAUGUAAUCCAUUCAUAGUGACCUGAUGCCAAUGUGUGUAUUUGUUCUUGUGUUGUUUAAUUGUUUUAUAUAAUGUUUUUUUUUUUUGAAGGAUCAUUCAAUUCGCAAUGACUGUUUGCAUAUAAAUUGCCGAUAAACAUUUUAGGAAAUUCUUAGCUUUUGGUAGCCCCUUUAUCAACUGAAUUGAGUUCUUUUGCUAUGGUGUAGUUCACAAAGACAAGAACAGAAACAUGUACAGUUUUAUACCUUUCAGACAGUUUUUUGAUGUGCCUUAGUCACAAGCACUCCAUUUAUCUUACUUCAUAGACUUUAUAAGAGUGACUUCGGCCAUGAGUAAUAUCCAUACGGCCAUGACCUGGUCCUUCAAGCCAGGGUAUUUGUUCCCAAUCUGAGCCACAUUCACAAAGCUCACCAUUCCCUGCUUGCUGCCAGUGAGUGUAAAAUCCAUUCUAAGUAGCUCUAGAGAGAGUCAGCUGCCAGUCACGGCAGAGUGAUUGAGUUGCCAAGCGGACUCUGAUAAGCGCUACUGCAUUGCAUGGUAGUGCUUUUCUUGUCUUACUGUUUCCCAUUGAUUCACUUCAUCCAUGCAUCAUUCAGUUUGAAUCUCUUUUUGCAUGAGAAUUUUCAUGUGUUUGUCGUUUCUAUUAUCUGGCUACAUUAGCCAGCUCCAAGCAAUAGGUCUCCUCCCUUAACACUCAUAAUGUCCACACCUCUGUUAUUAAAUUGACCUUUGUUAAAGAGACCGGUAGGUUUAUUUUAAAUUCAAGGACCCUAGAAGUCAUUGUUAGUAUAUUUUUGUUUGUUCCCUUACAUCUGUUGCUCUUUUUUAUUUGUUUUUUUGGCUUGUUGUUUGUUUUCCAUUAUUAUUAUAAAUUGGAGUAUUUAUUCCAGUUUCUUUAUGAAUCACUUAAACUGUGAAUUUUGUACAAAAGUAUUAAAAAUUAACCA